AUGUUGGCACGACUCUGGCAGUCGAGCGUGACGAGCUUGGUUCCACUCCUCCUGCGGCUACUGUUGGCACCAUCGUACAUUACGGCGUACCACCUGUCACCUACUGACGGACAAGCCGAUAUCGGAGCUUAUCACGUUCAGCCAGGUCGCUGUGCAGGUGUCGAAAGGCGGCUAGGUAAGGCGAGGUACAGCUACUUUUUUGGACCAUCGCCCUUUCAGACAACCUUUUCAGCCGAUUCGUCAUCCUCGUCCCAAGAUGCAGGUUUGGGAAUCGAGCAAAUGGAUUCGACUUCUCUCUGCGCUUUCGACCCCGAGCUCACCGAAGGGUACGGUGCUGGAUUUGACAACAUGCGUUUCUACCUCGUCUAUUCUCGCUGCAUCUACGGGACCAACGAAAUGCGCGCCCUGUGCGGUACAACGGACGGCAAAGGCAAACCUAUCGAUAAGAUUUUCAACUUGGUUCAAGCGACCUGUCCUCGGGGAACGAGGUGCAAGAAUCUUUGUGCCACCAUGCAUGAUCCGACAUUGACCAGUCCUUAUGCAGCCAAGCAGGUGCAAUUGGCGCAGUGCAUGUCGGAGCAACAGUGGCAGUUCUUGACCGACAUGUAUCGACCCAAGUCGGCUUUGACCAAGCCAGCAGCCCAGAUGUCGGCACCGCAAGCUGCCAAUCCGCAUUCUGCCCAGACGGAUGGCAGGCUGGAUCCGACAGUUGUCGACAAGGUGCCUGCAAGCAACCCGCAUCAUGAUCAGACGCAUACGGACCAAGACGGUACGAUCGCAGGUAAAGUGCUUCCGCUCGCUGCAGCCGGACGACCGGCCGGACCAUAUACAACUGGUCAUCUACAACUGCCUCCCAACGCCAAGCCCAACACUCCGAAACAAGCCGUUGAUUCGUCGCCACCCUCAUCACCCGCGCAAUCUCCCGCCGAACCAGAUGCCCCCGGCGACGAGGCCACGAGACAGACACAGAAAGCACCGACACCGAUGGGCUUCCGCAAGCGUAGUGUGCCUUUUUCUUCCGGCUUUCUUCGUCGCCACAGAAGCAAAACAGUCGCUGCUCGUUAA